AACCGGGACCCCCCACCCCAACCAACUCCCCACCGUUGCCGUUGCCGUUGCCGUGGCCGUUGCCGUUGCAGAGCCCGCCACGCCGCCCAUGGACUACGAGCGCAUCCACGACCCGCCCCACCGCCAGUCGGGUGGAUUCUCACCGGCCAAGCUGCGGGCAAUGCUUCUCGGGCUGGAGAAGCACCAGCACUCCGGCGAGGACACCUCGCCGGAGGCCAACGACUCCGGCGAGCUCGACGACCGGAGGAGCUUGGAAUGCUCCACCUCCACCGAGAUGUCCAGCAACAGUGGCCACAGAUCAAGGAACAGGGCUCCGGACGACGACAGCUUCGACUCCGAGAGCAGCUCUUCGGGGCCGACCACCGUGAAGAGGCCAUCGGCGGUCUCCGCUUUGCUGCCGCCGUUCUCUAGACCGACGCCGUCGAAAUGGGACGAUGCGGAGAAGUGGAUUUCCAGCCCGACGGCCAACCGUACUGGCCGUGUGAUGAGCGCCACCGGGUUUGCGCCGAAGAAGACAACGUUUGCUUUACCUGAGCACGGUGCCUGCCCGCCAGCCGUUGCUAAGGUGGUCGCCGAGGUUCCGAGGAACACCGGAACCUUCGCUGAUGACUCGGUUGGUUUCACGCAGCCUGAUUCAAUCAAACCUGCAGAAACUGCCCCAACAGUCGAUGAACCUGAACCAGAACAGGCUAUUCGAUCUGUCUCGAUGAGAGAUAUGGGAACAGAAAUGACUCCGAUUGCCAGUCAGGAGCCCUCUCGGACUGGGACUCCUAUAAUAGCAUCUAGCCCUACUUCCUCUAGGACACCAACUCCUCAACGGAGUGUAGAAUCUGGUGUUGGUACAAUUGAUUCUAGCAAGAUGGGCAUGUCUGAGGAGGAGCUGCAGUUGAAUACCAGGAAAGAAAUUAUCGAUCUCGGCGAACGGCUAGGCAAGACGACUAUAGCUGCAUGGGCAAGCAAGGAAGAGAGAGCUACCGCAAAUUUCGCAAAUGUUCCAGCUGAUAAGGCUGUAGAAAUCGACAGAGAGACCCGUGCCGCAGAUUGGCAGGAGGCAGAGAAAGCAAAGUAUCUUGCAAGGUUUCAGCGGGAAGAGGUACAGAUCCAAGCUUGGGAAAAUCACCAGAGAGCAAAAAUUGAAGCUGAAAUGAAGAGAGUAGAGGCAAAGAUGGAAAGAAAGCGUGCUCGCGAGCAUGACAGGCUUGCUCGGAAGAUGGCAUCAGCGAGACGCAGAGCAGAGGCAAAGAGGGAGGCCGCUGAGGCGAGGAGGAGCCAAGAAGCAGAGAGAACGGAGGAGCAGGCGGCGCAGAUCCGUAAGACCGGGCACAUACCUUCCUCAAUCUCCUGCUGGUGCUGGUGCCUAUGAUAAAUCUCAUGCCUCUUAGCACCGUAGAAAUGUUUCUCCUGACAAACGACCAUUGUACAAAUGCUACUGGCUCAUCUAUUUAUCAGCAAGGAAUGCAAAGUGUGUCGCUCGUUUUUGCCC